CACUCGUGUCAUAGGUUGGCCAUCACUGGUGUAGAUGCACCUUGAGAAUGACAUUUAUGUGCAAUGCAGGAAAAGGGAAAGGGGAUCUGAACAUCAGCAUCAGCCGUUUCCUUUUGCUGCAUUUCUCUUUCUGUGCAGCAGAAAAAUAACCUUCCUCAACUGAUUGGCAGAUUGCGCCUGAAAAGUUCUGCCCUUUUUGCAACAACAGGGCAAAAUGCAGCCUGGGUUGCAAACAUUUUUAAUGUGCUGUGAAUCGGUUUGGGAUAAUCGAGGGAUAAUCCAGCUUUGCAUGCCUCCUUCCCAUAGGCUGCUGUUUUGUGAGGCCAGCAUGUUUCCUGCCUGGCAGCUCCACCUCCUUCCAUGUGAUGGUUUCUCUUUCUUUUCCUCUUCCUCCUCCUCCUCCCCCGGACGAAAGUGCUUGGCUGUUUUCUGCUUUUCCUUUUCCCUUCCAGUUUGGGGGAAUUUCCAGAACAGCCACCAUGGAAAUCCAGGAGGUGGACCUCCGAGAGAUGGGCUCCCUCAUCCAAUCCCGUGUGAUCCUGGAGGUGUCCAAUCAGGUCCAGUCACUCCUGGAUACAGUGGAGACCACAACGCUUGAGAUUGCAGUGACUGGUGAAUCGGGUGCUGGGAAAUCCACCUUCAUUAAUGCCCUGCUGGGGCUUAAUGACGGAGACCCCCGUGCCGCCCCUACCGGAGUCACAGAGACCACCUUUUCACCCAUGCCUUAUGAACACCCUCGCCUGCCCAGGGUCCACAUUUGGGACUUGCCAGGGACAGGCACCCCACGCUUCCAAGCCGAAACCUACUUGCAGCAGGUGGGAUUUGAGAGGUACGAUUUCUUUAUCAUCAUAGCCUCUGAGAGAUUCCGGGAGAACCAUGUCAAGCUGGCCCGUGCUGUGGCCGCCAUGGGCAAGCGUUUCUACUUUGUGCGUUCCAAGAUCGACCUUGAUCUUCAGGCUUCGCGGCAACGAAGGCCGACCCGAUUCGAGGAAGUCCAUGUGCUCAGAGAGAUCGAAGCAGACUGCAUCCGCCAGCUGAAGAAAGAAGGUCUGGACUCUCCCAAGGUAUUUUUGAUCUCCAGCUUUGAGCUGCACAGAUUUGACUUCCAGUGCUUGGAAGACACUCUCGCUGAGGAGCUGGAGGGCCACAAGAGGCAUGUCCUGCUACUUUCAUUCCCUUCUGUCACUACCGAAGCUGUUCAGAAGAAAAAAGCUUCGCUGCGCAGGAACAUCUGGAAGAAGGCUUUGAUGGCUUGUUUUGUCUCAGCCUUACCUGGCCUCCCUUUCCAUCUGAACAUCCCCAUGCUCCUCAAAACCCUGGACUCCUAUCGUAGGAGUUUUGGCCUAGAUGAUGACUCUCUGGGAGCCUUGGCCCUCACAACCUCAAAAAACCCUUCUCAACUGAAAAACCAGGUGUCUUCAACGUUAGCGAGGGAUCUCUCGGAGAAUGCCGUCCAUGUCAUUCUGAGUCAAGCGGCCACUUAUGGAAAGGUGGCCGCUAGGUUAUUGAAGGACCGGGUGCCCUUUUUGGACAACCUGGUGGCCGGAGGCAUCUCUUUUGUAGCAGCCUAUUACCUGCUCCACACUGCCUUGGAUAACUUUGCAAAAGAUGCUGAGCGAGUGCUCCUCGCAGCCUACGAUUUGGAGGAUGAAUUCCAGAAGUCAGUUUUUUAUCCUCCAGAACCUGGCUUCAUCUUUGAUUAAAAUAGAUGGAGAGAGCUAUCCAGGGAUAAUUGUGGAUGAUGGCCCCCCCCCCCUUUUAUGGUUUUCUUGCUUAGGUCCAACUGAUCAGGGAGACCUCUUACACGCUACUUAAAAAUGCAUUUGUGUAAUCAUCAUGUAAACAGUUCCAAUCCUUAAUAACAACAACAACUACUACUACUACUACUACUUUAUUCUUGUAUCCCGCCCUAUCUCCCCAGGGGGACUGGGGCGGCUUACAUGGGGACCAAGCCCAGCAAUAUACAGUAAAAUACAACAACAUAAAAUACAUUCCAAAUUCAACAAAUUAUUACAUCAAAACUAGAAAAUCACAACAUCACACAAUAAAAGCAUGGCCAGUAGCCAAGGGUGACAUAAUGGCACUUCAGUCUUGGGUCAAAGGAAUAAAAUUAUAGUUGUGCAAUAUAUUAUGCAUACUAAUAACAUAGUAAUCCUUAGAAAAGCUUAGGAAAUAACGGUGCUACUGGAAAUAUUCUCUAUGUAUCUGUUAUAUGGGGUGGUAAAGAGGAUUCCUUACUCCAUGAGCAAUUAAACUGAAUCUAAUAAUAGCAAGGUCAGUUCUCGCACAUGGUGACUCCUGUUGUUGUAUGCCUUUGAAUUGUUUCUGACUUAGGGACACCCAGAAGGGAAAUUGCAGGGUUUCAGAGGCUUAGUUCAGAGUCAGUUUGCUUUGGCCUCCUUCUGAGGCUGAGAGAAUAUGACUUACCCAAAAUGGCCCAUGGCCAAGUGGGAAUUUGAAUCCUGGUCUCCAGAAUUAUAGUCUAAUAGACUACACUAUGCUUGCCUUUAAUAAUGUUGAAUUCUCAUGUAGAUGAAAGGUGAGCACCUUUAGUUAUAAAGGACUGAGGACCAAAGAGAUGGGAUUUUUGAAACUGCAUUUGACUAUACGUAUGUUUCUUUUUUGAGAGAAAUGACUUUAGGUCUAAGUGGGUUUAACGUGGGAGAACAUGGAGGACAUUAUCACAUGAGGCUGAUAAAACACAGCUGUGAAAAGAUAAAAUCACCUGUUGAUGUGAUUUACUACAAGACAUUGUGUUUCUUCCCUUGAUGUAUGAUUCUUGAAUCGUAUUUGGGUCACCUCUUUCCAUUGACAGGAAAAUCCAUCAAUGAAUCCAGGUAUCACUGUUGUUUCAAUGCUUUUUGUUGGGUGAUAAUUUCAUAUUGCAAAGUGAAGGAAGGUCUUGUGGUGCAAUAGAAAAACAUGAAAAUAAUUGGGGGAAAAACCCACAUUACAUGUCGAAGGCUUUCAUGGCCGGAAUCACAAGGUUGUUGUGUAUUUUCUGGGCUGCCAUAGAUGUGUGUUUUGUGGGCGAAACGUCAGGAGAGAAUACUUCUGGAACAUGGCCAUACAGCCUGGAAAACAUACAACAACCCCACAUUGCAUGCAUUGGGACUGUGAGGCUGUGUGGAGGACUGAUCUUGGGAAAUUGCAGGCCCACUGUGUGGCGUGUCCCUUAGGAUUCAUAGAAUUCGAGAACUGGAAGAGAACACAAGGGCCAUCAAAUCCAUUGCUUUGUGGUAGUGUGUAUAUUUGCACAGUUGAAGCACUAGCUGUAUGUGUUCAUAGUAUCAUAUGACGGGCUGUGGUGACUCAUGCCUUGGCUACAUCAACCCUCUACAUUUGCAGGUUUGAUUUGUGCAGAUUUGAUUAUUCAUGGAUUUAAUUUAAUUAAAAGGUUCUCUCUAAGAAUCUCUCGGACCUCCAGGUCAAUUCUACGGUCAAAUUCCAGGAAGUUGCUUGAAGUGUUCUUUCCGGUAAAAAGAAAUAGUAUUUUUAAAUGUGUGGUUUUUCACUUUCAUGGGUUUCCUGUGCCCCUAACCACAGUGAAAGUGGGUUGACUGCACUUUAAUGGGAGUCCUUUGAAAAGCCAGAUUGCAGAUGGAGUUAGUUCCAAGGAUAGUACAAUCCUUUUGAUGUUGUUUGUUUCCCUGGCUAUUGGUCUUUUGCCAAACACAAUUCAAAGUGUGGAUUAUGAUCUAUAAAGUCUUAUACAGUCCAGGUUGUCUAAAUAGGUUUAUUAUCCCAUAUGAUACUGUCUGGAUUAUUGAGGUUUUCGGAAGAGGUCUUCAUCACCCUGCCACCCCUACAGAUGUGUCUGGUGGGAACGUCACAAAAGGGCUGUCUUGAUGACUGCUUCUAGGUACUUAAUGUUCUUUACCAAAUCUUGUUUGAAAUUUUGUUACCCUCUUUAAUCAACAAACUGGGGUAUGAAUAAAUAAUAUAAAUAGAACAACCUUGAUCUUUGAGUAUAAAUAUUUUUUAUAAUGUGACUAAUUGAGAUAAAGUGUGCCUUACAAAUAUGUGCAAUCUAAAGCAUAUUUCUUAUGCAAUAAAAUCUUUAUUCCACA